CUUGUGAAACUCAUUGAAUUACUCAAUCACAUACCAUACCUGAACCUAUAAAUGUUAACCAAACUCAAAUUCAAAUCCCACCACCAUCAUCCAAAUGAAGAACACAAUGACCAACACAUUUCUAUUUUCCCUCCUUAUUCUACUCCAACUCACAUUCUCCUCCGCACAAACCACCGUAGUCAAAGGCGGAUACUGGUAUUCCGACGCCGGCCUCGCCGCUUCCGACAUCGACUCCACACUCUUCACCCACCUCUUCUGCGCAUUCGCAGACCUCGACACCACCACAAACCAGCUCACAAUCUCAUCCUCCAACGCACAACCCUUCUCCACCUUCACCGAAACCGUUCAGCAGAACAAUCCCUCAGUCAAAACCCUCCUCUCCAUCGGCGGCGGCGGCGGUUCUUCCUUAGCACAAACCUUCUCCACAAUGGCAAACCAAUCCAGCACCCGCAAAACCUUCAUAGAUUCCUCAAUUCAAAUCGCAAGAGCAAACAACUUCCACGGCCUCGAUCUCGAUUGGGAGUACCCUAACUCCGACGCCGACAAAACAAAUUAUGCUUCACUCAUCACAGAAUGGCGAGAAGCGGUUAAAGAAGAAUCCAGAACCUCAGGGUUACCGGAGUUGCUGUUAACCGCCGCGGUGGCCGGAUCUGACCAGAUUUCAUUGCUGGAAAACUACCCUGUUCAAGAAAUUUCACAAAACCUGGAUUGGGUUAACGCUAUGGUUUACGACCUUUUCAUACCGGAGGGGUACCCAACGGAAACGCAACCACCGGCGCCGUUGAAGAAUCCGAUAGGUCAAUUCAGCGGAGAUCAGGGGAUUUCGAAAUGGGUUGAACUGGGGCUUUCUGAGAGCAAAUUGGCGAUUGGGUUGCCGUUUUACGGUUACUCGUGGCGGUUGGUGAGCGGUGAUGAGCAUGGGUUGUUUGCGGCGGCGAAUGGCGCGGCGGAUUCUGGUGGCGGUGCGAUUGGGUAUGGGGAUAUAGUUAGGGAUUAUGUGAAUAAGGGGGCGCAGAGGGUGUAUAAUUCAACGUUUGUGACGGAUUAUUGUUAUUCUGGGACGACUUGGAUUGGUUAUGAUGAUACUCAGAGUGUGACUGCGAAGGUGGAUUAUGCUAAGGAGAGAGGGUUGGUUGGGUAUUUUGCUUGGCAACUUGGGGGUGAUGAUGAUAGUUGGACACUUUCUAAAGCUGCUUCUAAUGCAUGGGGAGCAUAAGAACGAAGGUGAAAUGAAGACUCAGCACAUAUGUUGAGGCUAUUAUAUAUGGGAUAUACAUCAUUGGUUUACUUUGUAAUAAUUAAUUAAUAAUGAGGCACAAAUGUUUGUGUUUCAAGUUGUAUGUGUAUACAAGAUAGAUGUUAUACGAAUUUUAUAAUAUUUUAUAAUUAUAAGGAGAAUUUAAUAGAUA